AUGUUUGCGUCUUUGGUCGCCUAUUCUGCCCUAUUGCUCGGUACGGGAGCAUUGGCCUUACCACAGGUUUCAUCGAGCGCGGUCGUAACUCCAGAGUCUUGUGGAAUCACAUCCUAUGGACCCUUCAAGCUCUUUGCCACCAGGGCUGAUCUCAAGACGCAUCCCACGUACGAGGUCCGGCUUGUAGCAAAUUCGACGACCCUCCCUGUUACGUCCUACAUGGCAGUCAGCACAACAUCAUCAUGUACCAAUUGCGGAGUUGUACCCUCCUAUUGGACUUUGAUCAACAAGACGCUGAAUCCCUACGACCCAAGCCUCCCUUCAGGGGUUCAUACUAUCAAUAAGCCUGUCGUGGAUCACCAGGACUUGGAGUUUCUUACUAGCAAAGUUCCACCUCCUGCCUCGCCCAUUUACUGCGGUGUGCAAUUGUCUGCGGAUACUUCCCCACUACUCUCGGUUUAUGGAAGUUCCUCUUUGUUUACAAUGUGCGCAUUCACCUCACGGUUACCGCCGGUGACUUUGCUCACUAUCAUCUACGACACGACACCUGUGCAUAUCACCGGUUAUUCGUGCUACCCGGUCAAGCUGACGAUGCAGUCUAUUGGGAUUGUACCCUAA